UUGGCUCCAGGUGGAUGUGCGGAAAACUAGCAGAGAAGGAAGCAGAGGGGGAUUACCUGCAGAGAUCAGCGGACUCUCAUUUUUUCGUGGGUAUUUGUUUGAUCCAGAAGGUCAAGCCUUUGAACAGCGAAGAGGAAAAGAUGGCAGCCGGGGUGAUACAAACUCUAAGCAAGUUCAGGCUACCCACAGAAUUCCAGCAUCCAUUUUUGACCUCCAUAGCUGGCCAGGAGAUGAGUUUCCAGUAUUUCUCUGGAGAAGACGACACUGAAGAGGAAGAGGAAGAUGAGGCGGAAGAGGAAGGGAGGGAAGAGAUGGAACUAGAAGAAGAUCUUGUGAGCUCUGCGCACGAAGAUGCCACCAUGGAGGUCAACCCCAGCGUCAACAACACGAAAAAGACCUUGCAGCUUCUCCAAUUUGCUGAACGCAUCAGCAACGACAUCCAGAGGUAUUUUGGCAAGAAAAACAAAGGGCAGGACGAGGAGGAAGGGGUGGAGGAAAGCAGCUGCAACGCUUACGAGGACUUCUACUCCCCACCACUGCCAGGACGAGCAAUAUCCUACACAGACCUGAUCAGGAUUUCUCAGCGUGGGGAGAUGGAGGAUGAAGAAGAUUCUUCUGACUCCCACAAGACUUUUGAGCAGCUCUGGAGAUCCCUGUGUGGGAAAGACGAAAAGUUGGGCCCCCUGGCUGAACUUUUUGAGUAUGGUUUUUGUAGGUGUCUUCAGCGGCAUCUCUCUCCUGAUAAUAAGAAAUUGAUGAGGCUGGAGAGGAAAUUUGCGCACGUCACCCCCAUGCAGAGCAGGAAGCUACCUCAGUCCUUCUGGAGGGAGCCGACGGUCAGCCCCAUAGGCACCCCCAAUGGCAACCCUCCUGAUUUUAGUGAUCUACUGGCUAAUUGGACUUCUGAAUCUGGCCAGGAGGAGCUGAACGCCAGCCGAGAGCAUCUUGGUGAGGUCACUGGUGAUGGACACUGAGAAGUGAUGGACACUGAGAAGUGGACUCUAAGGAACCAAAAGAGGGGUGAAAAACUUCAUUUGCCCAUUGGCAGCCUUCCUUUCUCUUCAUCGGUUCAAUGUGUAUAUUUCUAAAGACAUAUUCAGAUAAAUGUUGGUCUCUUCCAGUGCUUUCCCCUCCCAAGAAAGCAACGAGGGGUUGGGAAUCUAGGACUAGCACUGAUUACGUUAUCUAGUUGGGUAUUGAAACAUCUGCAAGAAAAAUAAGCAAGCUCAGAGAGCACCAAGGACCCCUCGAAUCUAUGACUUUCCAGAUGUUGAUUAAAUUACUGCCUCCUCUCCAAGCAUCCCUCAGCUGGUCUGGUCAAUGCUGCCUGUAACUGUAAUCCAAUAUUUUUGUGGGGAGGCAUUGAAUUGCUCACUG